AUGAUCGGAGGAGUUUUCUUCCUCAAGAAAUCCAACAACCUAAUCAGCAAUUCAUGGUUGAAGAUCAUACUUGGUAGUUGGGAUGAUAUGGGAAACUUGAGCUGGGCAUCUGCUUGCCUAGCCCAGCUCUACCGAUCCCUAUGUAAUGCUAGUGCGAGAGCGGUGAAGGAGAUUGAUGGGGCAAUGUUCAUCGUCCAAUUUUGGGCUUGGGAGCAUUUGCCAUGGAUUGCGCCGAAGGUAGACCCCGACAAGGAAUGGGGACCCGACCAUCCCCUACGACAUGAAGCUUAUGGUUGUAGGUGGCUUGGUGAAACAACAUGCGACAACCUAGGAGCGCAUAAGCUGGAGGAGUAUCGUAGGAGGCUUGAUCACCUAUGGGAAGCAGAGCUUAAGUUCGAUCCGUAUCCAGAACGGAUUGAAGCGCAUCACGUCCACAAGUUCCCGUUACAUCCCGGUCAAUGGUGCACCCGAGUUCCACUAAUCUGCCACCAUAUAGUGGAGUGACACUUGCCGGAUCGAUGUCUACGACAAUUUGGACGUGAGCAAUGCAUACCAUUUGAUGUCCCGGAGAGUCAGAAGGGGUACCACGGGAAAGAUGGUCGACAAGGACCUACUAAUCGAC